UGACAGUAAUGUUGAUAUAACCCAUAAAUAUUGCAUUAAAUUUUCUCAAAAUUAGCAAGAAAUAAUAUUUCUAACAAAGUUGUUUUAAAGUAAAAUUUACCAAAUCACAAAAAGUCAUCACGAUGAAAAUUUCUGGUAUGUUGUGUCUUAUCUUAUUAAUAGGAGUGUUUGUUAAUAAUAUUGCCGCGGUGGAUUACUGCAAAAUAAAGUGGUGUAAACAAUUCAACAAAGGAGUUCACACGAUGUGCAAGUACAAAUCAUCAGCCCCGGCGAAAGCUUGCAAGAGCUGGAGUAAUCCGGAUCUCAGCGACGCUGAGAAGAAUCUGAUAUUACGGAAGCACAACGAACUGAGACAAAAAGUCGCGUCGGGUCAGGAAACCAGAGGAAAUCCCGGUCCGCAACCGGCGGCAGUGCAGAUGCCGAACUUGACUUGGGACAAUGAAUUAGCGAGAAUCGCGCAAAGAUGGGCCAACCAAUGCGUUUACGCCCACGAUGAGUGCAGAGAUGUAGAACAAUACCAAGUUGGUCAGAACGUAGCCUACACGACGAGAAAAGGCAAUCCCGGUCUGGAACAAAUGAUCGAUCUGUGGUACGACGAAGUAGCUCUCUUUGAUAAAAAUCAAGUUUCUUCAUUUGUGUUUUCUAAAGGGACAGGUCAUUACACUCAAAUGGUUUGGGCUGAAACGACGAAACUUGGUUGCGGAUGUAUAUCGUACAAGCCUACGAAAACCGACAUGAAGAGACAGCACUUGGUAUGCAAUUACGGACCGGCAGGAAAUUUUCUCACUCAAAGAAUCUAUGAAGCUAGGCAGUAAAAUUUCUGGACUCAGUCGAUCAAAAACGAGAUGACGAUUCGAAAUCUCAAAAACGAAAAGAAAAUUGAAAAUUAAAUUGUCAAGCGACAAAUAUGAAACUUCAAAAUCGCCAAGCAUCAGAAUGGCAGUGAUUCUAUCUUUUUAUCUCCUCCAAUCUAACUCUCGCAUUUACGACGAAGGUAAAUGCAACAAAUAUAUACAGCGAUAAAAUAUAUAUAUAUCUUCGCUAUUUCCGCGCGCGCACAAAUGUCCGUUCGAUUUAGCGCUCGCGACAUAUCGCGGACAAAGCCCCUUCAAUUAAUUGUGUCGCACCUUCUUCCGUUUACAAACUACAUCGUCACUACGGGCAGUCCGACCUGUGUGUGUGUUGUCGCACAGCGUCCUGCUGCUGCACGAUCCGAGUCAUUCGGAUGAAUAUAUACGCGCAACGAGAAAAGUGUCAGCGCGCAUUCAUCGCGCUACACUUAGAAUUGCGAAACAGAAUAUACGAGCGACGAGAGAUCCAUAGAUCAGAAAGUCAGCGACGCUGCGGGUGUGCUCGCGCAUCCCGGUUUCUCCGAAGAAAAGCACUCGUUCUCGCGCGCAUCGGGAAAGGAAGACGGUAUCGCGCGACGAAGGGAAGCCCCGAGGCUAUUAGGGGCUCUAAACGCUUUUUAAAACCGUGAUGGGGAGAAAAGCGUAUCGAGUGCCCGGGGACGCGCGCAACAAUGACGCCGGACAAACAUUCCGAUAUACAGGCCCACCCGCGGCGCGCGCAAACGAGAAACGGACAUGUGAUCGGCGCGUAUAUCGCGCAGGUAAUGUUUGGACGCGCGCGUCCGACGGUGGAAGGUGAAAAGAAGAAUGACACGGCGAGAGACGCGGCGGAAAAACGGAAGAAUUUGUAUUCGCUGACAGGCGCGAGAGUCGUCCUCGUCGGCUAUUUAGGGAGAAUCGGAACGGUCUUGCGAAAACAUUUUUUCCGACGCUCGUAAAUUCGCCGGUUACUCAACGAAUAUGCAAAAAUGCAAAUGCUCGCACGACAGCUGAAUUUCUGAGCGAAGUGCGUGUAACCGCACGUUGUAACCGCUGAGUAAUCGUUCGACGAGCUCACAAAGAGAGAUUUAAAACCGAUUUUCUUCCGUGUCUUAGGUGCCAAGUUGCAAAAAUAUAAAUACAUUACAACUUCGCGUGAAUAAAAUAACUUACAUUUUGUCACGAGAGAGACAAAAUGGAAGAAUUGAAAUGGAAUAAUCCGUUUGAGUUGUGUGAGCGGAAAAGAGCGGAGGCAAACAUAAUUUGCCGCGCGUCAAGCGGGCUUAACGCGAUGACAGACUACCGGUGUAAUCUGAGAUUAAGGUAGGCGUAUUUGGCUGUAAUCCGGGCGCAGUUAAGCAGUCGUUUAGUCCGAGGACAUCCCUCUCGGUAACAAGAUUUGGAAACAGAAACGGUUCGGCGGGCGGCAAGUUACCUUGAAGGGGAUGUAAUUCGAGAAGAAAGAAAGAGGAAAAGUGAGGAAAUCGUACCAAAAAGAAAAGAACGAGAUUGUUGUUCGCGCGAAAGAAGAGGCGAUGGAGUCUCGGCGCUUUCUUUGCGCAAUUUAGGAAAUAUAAAGUAAAAUUGGAAAAGAACAUUUACGGCUGAAAGGAUGAGAAUGGGAUUUAGGAGUAAGAGAGAAACGUCUAAAAGAGAGAAAGUUUCGCACCCUCGGAACAAGGACAGUAAGUGAGCGAAAGAGAGCGAAGAGAAAGACAGAGAUAGAGAAAGAGAGAGAGAUCUGAAGAAAGAAGUCUCUAAGAGAGGGCUCGUGGUCAUAUAUCUGUUGGAACGGCAGGGGGGUGUCAACGAGCUUCGACGAAUGUCCCAGCGGGGUUUCUGCUACCCGAACUGCUACCGAAACUUUCCGCGUGAGAAUUUGGCUCGCUCGAACGUCAAGCUAUACCGACGUCGAUUGGAUCAUCCAAUCUCGCAUCUAAUUGCACGACCAGAAAGAAAUUAAAGCUGUCUUGUGUAAUCACGCGGAAAAUAAAAUGAGCGGGAAAUGCAAAUAAAUAUUAAAACUUUGAUGCAAAAAGAUGUAUUAAAGUGUUCUUUUUUGAAUAAACUUAUUUA